CCUCCCUAAAACGGCUUUGAUUCCAUCGAGCUCUUUCGAUUUUCCAGAGAAACAGACAAACCAUUAACAAGAAAAGAAAAUCAAAACCCUCUCUUUUCUGUUUUUGGUUCGGAAUUUAAACUUAAAAAGGAAAAAGUAUUUCUCGAGAGAGUCUUAAGAUCGAGACCUUGAAUUGAAGAUAAAAAGGAUUUCUAGGGUUUCGAUCUCGAAAUUUUGGGUUUCUUAUCGGCGAUUUUGAUCGGAAUCUAAUCGGAAAGGGACGAGAUUUUUUUUAUUUUUUUGUGCUUUCGAGAUUUAGGUUUUGGAGUUUCCUUCGCAUUUGGGGGGAAACAAUGAACGAUCAGUCGCAGCUGAUGAAUCAAGCGCCGAUGAUGAGUUUGAGCCAAGGUCAAGUCAUGAGCCAGCCGAUGCCGCAGAUGAUGAGCCAGCCGCCUCAGAUGAUGUCACAGUCAUCUCAAGCCAUGGCGGCUCAGCAGCAGCAGCAGCAGCAAAUGAUGAUGAAGAGUCAGUCUCAGCCGUUGAUGUUGAACCGAAACUACAAGGCUUGGCCUCAGCCUCAGCCUCAGCUACAGUUCGCGGCCCAAAAGCCUCCGUCGAAUCUCGGACGCAACAAUUGGAAAGGCAAGAAGGGCACCGACAAAAGGAACGACCAGAGAAGAAUGGACAAGAAUCUGAAUGUCCCCAAUUUGCCACCGAGUGGUCAGACCAGUAGCGGAGGAGGGCCGGGAGGGUACAUACCCCCAACGCUUCAUGAGUUACAGUCGCAGAAUCGAAUGAAAGCCCGGAAAUUUUAUCCCAAAAAGAAGUUUAACAAUAGGUUUGCCCCUUACGCCCCAAGGAACACGACGUCCUUCAUUAUCAGAGCGAAGAAGUCCGGCGGCAUAGCCUCGCUGGUUUCGCCUUGCCCGGUGACACCUGCUAUUCUUCCCACGCCCAUUUUCUCACCGUCGAGGGAGGUCUUGGGGGAUAUGGCGAAGGAGGAGUGGGGUGUUGAUGGGUAUGGGUCAAUGAAGGGGUUGAUUAGGCUGCGGUCGCCUGGAAAUGAUGAUGACGAGGAAGAGGGUGGUGGUGGGUCAAGUGAGAGUGACGUGGAGGAGCAUGUGGAGGUGGAGAGGAGGUUGGACCAUGAUUUGAGUCGGUUUGAGAUGAUAUACCCGAACUACAGUGGGGUUGAGUAUAACAACGUUUUGGAGAAUCGAGUGGAUGAUCAGGAUACCCAUAUAGCUCAAUUGGAGGAAGAGAAUCUGACAUUGAAGGAGAGGCUUUUCUUGAUGGAGAGGGAGUUGGGGGACUUGAGGAGGAGGAUGCAGUUUCUUGAGAGGAGGCACCAUGUAAUGGAGGAGGUCAAUGAGGAGGUGGUAGAAAAUGGAUCUGAGAAUGAUAGUGAUGGAGGGUCAGAUGUUCCCCAUAUGGUUAUGGAAGGGGAGAGCAAUGCUGAGGUGGUAGAGUAUGUGUCCAGAGAUGGAGGAAGUAGAAAUGUUGGUGCCUUGGCUGAGAACGAACGUGUUAGGGACGUUGAUGUAAGUAUGGAAGACUAUGCCCGCAUUGAAAUGAUUUUAAAGGACAAUGAAGUCAAAGAUGAAACAUCAAAUGAGGUUAAAGAUGAAACAUCAAAUGGGGUUGUAGGUGACGAGCAGAAAGAGGAAGGUAAGAAUGAGCUUAUACCGGAAGAAGUAAUUGGAAAUAAAAAUGAGGUUAAUGAUAAGGUGAGUGAAGUUGGGACCAAGAAUGAGAAUGAGUUAAUGCAGGGUGAGGUGAAUGCGAAGAAGGAUGAGGAAAUGGGAAUUGCGUGCCCAGAGAAGAGCAUUGGCGACGGUGACUAAUCUGUCCCCGCGUUAAUUGGCUUACACUCCUUGCUUCAAUCUUCUGUAUUGCCUGUGAGGGUGAUUCCAAAUGCGCAGUUUGAGAGCUCCAGCAUCUUUAAAGACGGUUUUUGUGCACUUUUCCUUUUCUAAAGGGGGUGUAUUAGUGCCUAUUGAAUUCAAAAGUUGGAGAAGCAUUGAUGCUGAAAAAGGACCAAUACGUCUAAGUGGGAGUCUACCGCAGCAAAGACUUGAUUGUUAGUUGAUGUUGCUCCUUCAUCUAUGUUUUUUUCUGGUGGGUGCAUGACUACGAACUCAACCUUGAGGACACCUUGGGGAGGCCGCUGAAGUCUCGUGUGAUGGAUGUGAUGGAUGUUCUGUUCUUUGCUCGUUGCUGUGAUUGUGGGAAUAGCUUUACCCAAUGUGCUUGCAUUUGUUUCCCCGGUAAUAUGAGCACUGCUGCAUGUUUCCCUUUCUCGCAUUUGCUUGAAACUAUGGUGGGGAAAAAGGUGCAGAGCUCAUAUGGACUGCAGACAAGUGCUUUUUAUGCUUUGCAUCCAUACAUCAAAGCUGCUUUUGGCAAAGCUAAAGAUUCCUUUUAGCUAAGAUACUACUUGGUUUGGCUGAAAAUUCCUUGCAGUGGAUCUUCUCAGCAUCGGUCACUCAAUGUCAAUUACUUAGUGGUUAUCUUUUUAUAGUUCAUUUUCCUCAUUCCAAUAAUUUUCCAGGUUAAUAAUGUACAGUUUUAAUGUAAUUGUACUGUUUUUUCCUUCACCAAACUAAAUUGUUUCAAUUCAACCAAAUUUCACUUUAUGUUCCCAAA